ACUCGACAGUGUACUCAUCCCUCUGUCGCAGUACCGUCUGCGCCUCCGCAGACCACCGUCUCCCCUCCUUCCCCGCCGCGACUACCGACGUGUCGAGCCAUUUGCUCAGCCUGUUGCAGCGAGCAGCUUGCUACUCGCGAGGACGUUGUGUCCUCUCUUCUGGACUUGAGCAUGCUCCAGGCUCGUCAGGAGCGACUCACCCUCCAUGUCGCUGCACUGCGUCGCCUUCUCGCCAUCCUCUCUAACCCUGAUCGCACCCUCUCGAUCAUCCCAGUACGACUUGGGACCUCCACGAGGGUGUACUCAGCGCUGUGGGAUUCCGGUUCUCAGGGCGACUUCAUUCACCCACGCGUGGUGAAGGAAGCCCGCUUACCCACGACAGGGUCUCCGACUCCCAUCUCCGUUACCCUAGGGGAUGACAAGACCCAGCGCUUCUUCGAUCAGACGGUCACCGACCUCCCCUUCUUUCUCACUCUCGAGCCGACUGAUCGUUCCCUGGCGUCUCGUCGCCACCGCUCCUCUGCACAUUUCGAUGUGAUGGAGACGGGGUAUGACUUUAUUCUCGGCACUCCGUGGUCUCGUCAGUUCCGCAGAACCGAGGCGAAUUGGGCGACCAACACUCUCGUUCUCAAAACGAAGUGUGGACAGACGUAUCGCGUACCUUUCAUUUGUACAACGGCGACACUACGCCCCGAUCCUCCUUCCCCGGAGCCUUCACUGCCCACACCAUCUCCCUCUAUCACUGUCACCUCGCCUCGGCAGUUUGCUCACUUCAUUCGACAGGACGACGUCACCUUCUUUAUGGUGGACGUGACAGAUCUCUUACACUAUGAUCCACCCUGUCCUGACGUUGAGCUCAUCCCUCUGGAGCCAGAUCCUCCCUCUAUCUCCAUGGCUCCCAUCUCUACUUCCGUCCCUCCGUCGUCCGUCGAGUCCACCCCGCCGUCGUGCGCUGACGCUGACGCUGAGGAACUCGCACGAUAUACGGCUGACUUGGAGCCCGCAGUUCAUAACCUCAUCCGAGAGUACCACGACGUUUUCCCAUCGUCGUUCUCGUACGCCGGCAUCCCACCGAUGCAUGACCUCGAGCACUCCAUUCAGCUUGUGCCUGACUAUCGUGUUCACCACCAGGCACCCUAUAGACUCUCGAUCCCCGAGGCCACCGAACUCAAGCGUCAGCUUGAGGAGCUCCUGAGACUGGGUUUCAUUAAGCCCAACAACUCCCCGUGGGGUCCACCCGUCCUCUUUGCUCUCAAAGCGGACGGAACUCUCCGUCUCUGCAUCGACUAUCGCGGUCUCAACCGCUACACGAUUAAGAACAGCUACCCCAUGCCUCGUUCCGAUGAGCUGUUCGACCGCCUAGCAGGCAACCGCUCAUUUACGAAGAUUGAUCUUCAUAGCGGUUACCAUCAGAUCCGCGUCGCUGCAGCCGACCAGCCGAAGACCGCGUUCCGAUCGCGAUUCGGCCACUACGAGUUCACGGUGACGCCAUUCGGCCUCACUAAUGCUCCCGCUACCUCUCAGAGGGCGAUGAACGACAUCUUCAGGGACACACUGGAGCAGUACGUUCUCGUCUACCUCGACGAUAUCCUGGUCUUCAGUCGUACCCUUGAGGAGCACCUCAGACAUCUCCGCUACAUCCUUGACCGCUUGCGCAGACAUGGCUUCUACGCCAAGCUGAGCAAGUGCCGCUUUGCCCAACACAAAGUGUAUUUCUUGGGACACUACCCUGAGCUGAAGGUUACAAAGUUUGACAUGGCAGCAUUUGUCCGAGAACCAUGGAGAUGGGACGAGAAGGAGGCCGCUGUUUUCGCUCACAUGCCACCCCAGCCUCUCAAACGAGCAAAGAAGAGGGGGGUUUGGGGGACUUCGAACUACGGUACCCAUUCCCGCCAUAUCCCCCCAGGUACACAGACACCUAUGGCCAAGAGAGUGGAUCACAUUCGAGAAGCAGCGAUUAUAGAGGCGACCGUGAUAGAUGGAAAGAAGAGGGAAGAGGGAAGAGGAGAGGGAGGAGGAGGAGGAAGAGAUGGCCGUGGAGCACGAUUUCAUGAGGGAGGAGUGUGGGGUGGUUGUAGUCCAUGGCAACUCAGAAGCAUCUCGGCUGUGUUAUCUCAGGAUUCUCAACCUGUACGUCCUGCAGCACAGAGUCAGGAGGGCGCAGGGAUUGUAACGUAUGAUAACCAGAGCUGGACGCCCCUCACUGUGAUGGGCAUGGGCUUGGUAGCGGAUGUGUUCAACGUAGAGAAGCUGAAGCAGCGUCCUGGAAAGUGCACGAUUGGGAAGGAGGGCGGUGAUAUGAACACUUUGGUGGCAACGAUGCACCCUGGCCAUGGAGAAGAAUGGGUAGGAGGAGAAAGAGAAGGAUGGAUUGCAAAAGUAAAAUGGAGUGGUGACAGGGGAGAAGGGCCGCGCAAUUUGGAGAAAAUGAGAGACUACAGCCUCAAGGCUGACGACGCUUAUAGUGCGGACCUAUGCACGAUAAUCAUCGCUAUUCUGAGUCGCGAUAGGAAAGGGGGCGCGGGUCUGCUACCCACCCUAAAACAUGGCCCAGAGAUCGCUUAUAACCAUGUUAUUUCACCUGCCACUGGCAUGUCUCCCUACUAUUGUGACUUGGGAUAUCGACCUUGUGUCCCAUCUGAUCUUCUUCGUCCAUCUCAAAUUUAUCCCGACACCAUAUGCCCUGCUCUCGACGAUUGGGUCAAGGAGAUGGAUGUGCUUCUUAGCAAGAGUCGUGAGAGCAUUGCUAGUUCCCAGGCUCCUCCCUCGCAGCCUGCCGCUGUUGCCCCCACAGCUCCCCCAUGCGGCCCGGGCGUACAGUCAGCUGCGCCCCCUUCUCCAGGAUGUGCGCCGACUUACUCAGCCGUAGCACUGGCCUCUGCUCCUCAAUCCCCUCGCCGCCAAAACGGUGGUGCGCCACUCGUCCGCUUGACGGACAUUGCCUUGUACGACGGUACAGGGAUACGCGUGUUUCGGUGGCUGCAGUCUGCUACCCACACGCUCCAGCUCAUGGGCGCCCCAUACGACACGUGGGUGGGUCACCUCUCCACGCGCCUGCGUGGAGGUCCUUUCGACGCCUGGGAGAAUUUCAACGAGCACUCCCUUCGUGAGGGUAGGACCCCGACCUUCAUGGAUUUUCAGGCGUUCCUCGAGGAUCGCUUCGGAGCCCGACAUGACGUCACUGACGCCUUCGAGCGUGUCGUCAGCACACGCUGGUCUGACUCUGGUGGCGAUGCCGGCUUGAACCGCCACAUCCAGGUCUUCCAAGACGCCCGCCUCAUUUGUGAUGUGGCGUUCCUCCUUGAAGCUUCCCUCAUCGAUGGUUUUUUGGCCAGCCUUCCUCUUGAGUAUCGCUCCGAGUUAUGGCGGUACGAGUUCACAUCGGCCCCGCAGGCUUACGAGGCCGCCAGGACCCAUCAGCGGAUGCGGGCCCGUCUUCACCCCGCUCCCUCCUCCCAUCCUCAGCGUACUGGCUACGCCCCCUCCUCCUCUCACGACACUUCCCAGCGUCGUUCCCCUUUCCGCGGCCGCCCCCGCUAUUCCGCGCAGCAGGGCCGCCACUUCUCGCGCCGCUUCAGCGCACUCGAGUAUGAUGGAACUCUCCAUCUCUGCAUCGACUAUCGCGGUCUCAACCGCUACACGGUUAAGAACAACUACCCCAUGCCUCGUUCCGACAAGCUGUUCGACUGCCUAGCAGGCAACCGCUUCCUUACGAAGAUCGAUUUUCGUAGCGGUUACCAUCAGAUCCGCGUCGCUGCAGCGGACCAGCCGAAGACAACGUUCCGAUCGCGCUUCGGCCACGACGAGUUUACGGUGAUACCAUUCGGCCUCACCAACGCACCCGCUACCUUCCAAAGGGCGAUGAACGACACCCUCAGGGACAUCCUGGAGCAGUAUAUUCUCGUCUACCUCGACGAUAUCUUGAUCUACAAUCGUACCCUUGAGGAGCAUCUCAGACACCUCCGCGAUGUUCUUGAUUGCUUGCACAGACAUGGCUUCUACGCCAAGCUGAGCAAGUGCCGCUUUGCCCAACACAAAGUGGAGUUCUUAGGACACUACGUGUCUAACCUGAGUCUCCACAUGGACGACGCGAAGAUCACUGCUAUUGCGCAGUGGCCCGUUCGUUGGUGGCGCGACCUAUUCGAGUUUAGUUUCACCAUUGAGCACAUCAAGGGUGAGACUAAUCGGGUCGCAAAUGCCUUAUCCCGACGCCCUGUCCAGGAUCAGGAACAGAUCCAGCUCGCUGUCAUCUCGGUCACCACCGUCCACCACUCAGUGAUCGACGAGUUUCGCACUCAGUACCGCCACUGCCCCGACUAUCGCGACAUCCAUGCGACCCUUCGGAGUGGGAAGAUUGUCUCGAACUACUCUCUCGGGGACAACGGUCUUGUGUACAGGCACGGUUCACAGGGCAUCAGAGAGCCCUGUAUUUGCGUUCCCUCCACUAGAGAGCUACGUGUCCACGCAGUAGCAGAGUUUCAUGACCAGGCAGCCGCCGGUCAUAUGGGCUUCCACAAGUCGUUGGCUCGUGUGAGUCGCUUGUACGUCUGGUCGAAGCGCAAGGACUUUGUGAAGGACUAUGUCGCAGAGUGUCCCACUUGUCAGGAGGUGAACAGUGCGAACCACCUGCCUUAUGGUUUGCUCCAACCUCUUCCUAUUCCUGAGGGUCGUUGGCAGUCCAUCUCGAUGGACUUUAUCGGUCCUCUUUGUCCCCCGACCCCUCGCAGUCAUGAUGUUAUCAUGGUCGUCGUCGACCGCUUCACGAAAUGUGCACACUUUGUUCCGUGCCGCUAUGCCAUUUGUGCACGUGAGGUCGCCGACAUCGUGUUUGACCGAGUCGUGCGUGACCACGGCUUACCUCCGAGCAUCAUAUCUGACCGUGACCCGCGCUUUACCAGCCGAUUCUGGCGACGGCUCCACGAGGUUUACGGCACCCAGCUCCGCUUCUCCUCAUCUUACCAUCCCCAGACUGAUGGUCAGACUGAGGUCACGAGCAGGACUCUCGGAGAUAUUCUCCGAGAGAUUGUUCAUGACGACCAGCAAUGGGAUCUCCAUCUUGCCCACGCGGAGAUAGCCUACAACCACGCCGUCUCGCCAGCCACGGGGAUGUCGCCUUACUAUUGCGACCUCGACUAUCACCCUCGUGUUCCCGCGGACUUCCUUCGACCGUCACAGAUGCACCCCGACACGAGUUGUCCCGCGCUGGAUGAUUGGGUUGCACACAUGACGUCGAUCAUGAAGACCACGUAUGAGCACAUAGCCGCUUCCCAGACUCGCAUGGCAGCACGUGCGAACCGAUCGAGGAUGGAUCAUCCAUUCAAAGCCAGUGAUGAUGUGCUUAUCAAUGCCCGCCACUUACAGCUCGAAGCGGCGUCGCUUCUUUGACCCAUGCCACAUUCUCCAGUCCGUCGGUUCUGAUACGGCUUCUUGCCCGGUCAGCUUCCGUG